AUGUCUGCGGCUGUUGCGAACGAACUGCCGGAUGCAAUCCAGAGCCCAGAGUUAACCCGAAAGCGCAAGCUGGAGGAGAAUGAAGACAUGGAAGAGAUCGACCCAAAAGCCGAACACACGAUCAAGCAGCCAAAAAUUGAGCAGGAUGAGGCCGAGGCUGAGAACGAACAGCUUAACGAAAGCAAAUCAGACAACGAUGUCGAAGAAAUCCGACCAUCAAGUACUGAAGGCGAGAAUCGUCCACACAUUCCUCACUCGAUUCCGUCAAUGAUGGCAAAUCCAUUCUUCCCUCGACUCAAUCCUGCUCUUCUGAAUGGUCUUAACAGCGCGGCGAGUGGUACUCCACUUCCACCAGUUUCAUCUGCAUCAGGACUUGUUCCACCUCUGCCACCAACUCAUCCCCUCAUGGCUCAUCUCCAUCGAAUGAAUAACCAGCGAAUGAUGGGUGACCCGCGAGUUCCUUCAAUGCCACUUGGACUGCCUCGAUUUGACGCUCUUCGUCAUUUCCCUCCCAAUGAUGCAUACAUGCAGUCCUUGAUGGCCUACCAAAACAACUACUCAAAAGACUCAAAAUGCCCCACACCGGGCUGCGACGGCACUGGCCACAUAACUGGACUUUACAGCCACCAUCGAUCAAUUUCCGGCUGCCCGCAUCGCGAUAGAAUUCCAAAAGAACUCCUCGCGAUGCACGAAAACACAGUCAAAUGUCCAACUCCUGGUUGUACUGGAAAAGGUCACGUGAAUGGAAACCGCCACAGUCACCGAUCACUUUCUGGAUGCCCUUUUGCCGCGAAGAAUCGACAUCUCCUCGGCAAAUUCCCUAAUGGAAUCCCACCAUCUCAAGACAAAGACAACCGCAAGUCGCCACUAGGACAUAUGUCGCCUCCCCAAAACAUCGUAAAAUCGCCUCUUCAACUUCCCUCUUCCCUUCCAAAGCCAAACACCGACCAUGGUGUUCGCCUGAGUCCGCAGCGUCGUCCAGAAUUGCCCUUCCCAGAAGGAGCCGCCGCUCUUGGCCACUUUUCACCACAUAACCGACUUGCUCCUGGUCAGCGACUCCCUCCUCUUCCUGGUCAGAUGCCAUCGCUCUUUCCCAGCUCGCUCUUUCCCAAUCCAGCUUUGCUCAGCCAAAUGAUGGCCCAGAAGAUCGAGCUCGCUCAAAAAGCAGCCCAGGCUCAAACUACCCCUCCUCACUUGAACAAUUUCCGCCAGAGCCAGACCCCGCCAAGCGUCGAGACCCCCAAGAAGCUCAACUCGAUCUCAUCUAUAAAAACGACGCCAAAAUCAGACAGCGUGACAUCGCCUCUUGAUCUGACGACAGCUACCACGCGAUCGCCGGAUGUUUCCACAAGUCCAACGAGGGCAGAAGUUACUGAUUCCGCGCUCAAUGCGAGCUCGAAUGAAGACAAGGAGGAGUUGCAGACGUCUGGAUCUUCGUCUGGUCUGAAAAUUGGUCAUUCGAGUGCGAAAGAAACGACCGCAGCUCUAGAUGAAAGCCAAGCCACCGAGCAAAAGGAGAAAUUCGAACAAAUGGCUAGAGAACGCGACCAAGCCCUACUCGACCAGUCCCUUCUUCUCGAACGCCUGAAGGCUAUUGAAUCUGCUCGAACUCAACAGUCCGCUCUUUCCUCCAAUCUCUUCAUGCGAUUCCCUCACUUUCCUUCUCCAGUCGAAUCUCAGCCUCAGUUGCCACUCCUUUCCGGCUUUCACCCAGCGCUUCUCCGUCAUCUCUCCGUCAUGCAAAAUUCUUCAGACUAA